AAAAAAUCCCACAGUCGGGGCAGACCCAGCCCAGCAGGCUCGUGAGCGGGGCCUUUCGUAACUGCCCCCUCCCUGUGGCCCCCUCCCCCGGCUCCCCCUCCACCCGCACCCUCCCUCCCCGCCAAGGAGCCUGCAAUUAGGCCUUGGGGAUAAAACGAGGUGCAGAGAGCAGGCUGGACUCAUUCCUCCCCGAGAUGGCGGGUCUGUCUGCAGCGGCCCAGCACCCCGGAUUCCUGCUCUUCUUCCUGAGCCUCCUACACCCCGCGCAGCCUGGAGGGGUCCCUGGAGCUAUUCCAGGUGGAGUUCCUGGAGGGGUCUAUUAUCCAGGGGCUGGUCUUGGAGGCCUGGGUGGAGGAGGAGUGCUGGGUCCUGGAGGCAAACCACCCAAGCCAGGUGCUGGAGUUGGGGCAUUUGGGGCAGGUCUUGGAGGGCUUGCUGGUGGAGGCCCCGGGGCAGGGCUGGGGGCUUUCCCUGGAGGUGCCUACCCUGGGGCGCUGGUGCCCGGGGGAGCAGCUGGAGCUGCUGCAGCUUAUAAAGCGGCUGCCAAGGCGGGUGCCGGGCUUGGAGGUGUUGGAGGUGUUGGCGGUGUUGGUGGCGUUGGUGGCGUUGGCGGUGUCGGUGGCAUUCCUGGUGUUGGUGGUGUUGGUGGCGUUGGUGGCUUAGGAGUGCCUACAGGUGGGGCAGUGCCACAGGCUGGAGUGGGCGUCGGAGCUGGUGGAAAGCCUGGGAAAGUGCCUGGUGUGGGCCUCCCAGGUGUGUACCCAGGUGGAGUGCUGCCAGGCAUAGGAACUCGGUUCCCUGGUGUGGGGGUGCUCCCUGGGGUUCCUACUGGGACAGGAGUCAAGGCCAAGACCCCAGGUGGAGGUGGUGCUUUCGCUGGAAUCCCAGGUGUUGGACCUUUUGGGGGCCAGCAGCCUGGUGUCCCAUUGGGGUACCCUAUCAAAGCACCCAAGCUCCCAGGUGGCUAUGGACUGCCCUAUACCAACGGGAAGCUGUAUGGUGCAGCUGGAGCAGGGGGCAAGGCUGGUUACCCGACAGGGACAGGGGUUGGCUCACAGGCAGCUGCGGCAGCUAAAGCAGCCAAGUAUGCAGGAGCAGGCGGAGCCGGCGCCCUGCCUGGCUUUCCCGGUGUCGGAGCUGGCGGCCUCCCUGGCGGGGCUGGCACCAUUCCGGGGAUCGGAGGCCUCGCAGGGGCCGGGACGCCCGCGGCGGCGGCGGCGGCGAAGGCGGCAGCGAAGGCGGCCAAGUACGGAGCUGCUGGAGGCUUGGUGCCUGGUGGACCAGGAGUUAGACUCCCAGGCGUUGGGAUUCCAGGUGUUGGGGUCCCAGGCAUUGGAGUCCCAGGCGUUGGAGUCCCAGGCGUUGGGGGCCCAGGCGUUGGCAUCCCAGGUAUUGGAGGCCCAGGCAUUGUGGGUGGACCAGGAGCUGUGUCACCAGCUGCAGCUGCCAAAGCAGCCGCCAAAGCAGCCAAAUAUGGAGCUCGAGCUGGAGUCGGAGGCAUUCCUUCUUAUGGGCUUGGCACCGGGGGCUUUCCUGGCUAUGGUGUUGGACCUGGCAUUGGAGGGGUUCCGGGCGUAGGAGGGGUUCCAGGCGUCGGAGGAGUCCCUGGCGUCGGAGGAGUUCCUGGAGCUGGCAUUUCUCCUGCAGCUCAGGCAGCCGCUGCGGCCAAAGCUGCUAAGUAUGGUCCUGGGGGAGCUGGAGCCCUGGGUGGGCUAGUUCCGGGCGCGGUGCCGGGUGCAGUGCCAGGCGCGGUGCCAGGCGUGGUGCCAGGUGCAGUGCCAGGUGCAGUACCAGGUGUGGUCCCGGGUGUGCCAGGUGCAGGAGGAGUACCAGGAGCUGGCACCCCAGCUGCUGCCGCCAAAGCUGCUGCCAAGGCCGCCCAGUUUGGUUUGGGGCCACGCGUCCCUGUGGAUUCUGGGGUCCUCCCUAGUGCUGGCGUGGGCCCUGGUGGUGUUGCAGCAGGAGCCUUGGCAGGAGGGAAAUCAGCCGCGCAGCUCGCUGCCAAAGCCCAGUAUCGGGCUGCUGCUGGACUUGGUGCUGGGGUGCCUGGAUUGGGAGCUGGUGCUGGUGUUCCUGGAUUUGGGGCAGGAGCAGCACCUGGAUCUCUGGCAGCAGCUAAAGCAGCCAAAUACGGUGCAGCUGGAGCCGGGGGUCUGGCAGGGCCCGGGGGUCUGGCAGGGCCUGGAGGUCUGGCAGGGCCUGGAGGUCUGGCAGGAGUCGGUGUUCCGGGCGGUGUAGUGGGAGCUGGACCUGCUGCCCAGGCAGCUGCUGCCAAAGCUGCCGCCAAAGCUGCCCAGUACGGCCUGGGAGGAGCUGGGGCGCUCGGAGCUGGGGGUCUGGGAGUUGGGGGCCUUGGAGCUGGGGGCCUUGGAGCUGGAGGAGCCAUCCCAGGUGCUGGUGGCCUUGGAGGUGUGUCUCCAGCAGCCGCUGCUAAGGCAGCUAAAUAUGGUGCUGCUGGCCUUGGAGGUGGCCUUGGAGGUGGCCUCGGAGUCGGCAGGCCAUUCCCAGGAGGAGGAGUGGCAGCGAGACCUGGCUUUGGGCUGUCCCCCAUCUACCCAGGUGGUGGUGCUGGGGGCGUCGGAUUUGCUGGAAAACCCCCGAAGCCCUAUGGAGGAGCCCUGGGAGCCCUGGGCUACCAAGGUGGGGCCUGCCUGGGAAAAUCCUGUGGCCGGAAGAGGAAGUGAGCCCCCAGGACCCCUGACUUCUCGACCUCAUCAACGUUGGUGCUACUGCUUGGUGGAGAAUGUAAACCCUCUGUGACCCCCCCCACCCCAGCCCCCACCCCGGGAGGGGACGGCAGGAGCCCGCACGGGGCCCGGGGCACCCCACCCACAGCCUCCAUCGGUGCUACAUGCUGGUGCUUCAUGGCUGGUGCUCUAUAUUCCUGGGGGAGGGAAGAGGGUGGGGACACCCUGGGGUUCCCCCCUCCUCGGCCUGGGGUCCCCCCCACCGUCUGGGGUACCUCUAAAGAUGAUGGGGCCCGGCCUCCAGGUGCUACCCCUGGCUGCGUCCAGUUGGUACCCCAGUUCCAAAACCUCAAUGCUGGAUUCGGUCACACCAUCCUCCUCUAUCUUUGGGUCCACUGGACCCCUCUCUCCUUGCCAACACCUGGCUCCUCCACCCACACUAGGAAGAGCCCCCCACUCUCAAUCUUGGGGAAACCAUCUGCCCAUCAGUCGGUCCAUCCUUUCUCUCCCCCAGUUGACCGCUCUGUGCCGCUGACUGGCCGGGCCCACCUGGCUGCCUGUCAGAGUAGCCUGUGCCCCACCCCCACCCCGCCCUGCCCCCCAUGCUGGCCCAGGUGGUGAGGGGAGUGGGAACAGGGGGGUCCCCCACACAGUACUGUAUCCCCAAUCCUUCUCCAGGCACUGCGCUACAAGGCGUGUCCCCCUCCUGGCCCGCCCACCUCCUGGUGUCUCGCUGUGAUAGAUCAAUAAAUAUUUUAUUUUUUGUCCUGGAUAUUUGGGGAUUAAUGUUUGAUUGUUGAUGUGCUCUUGGGGUUUUAUAGUUGUGGUUUAUUGAA